AUGGGCAUCCUCGAAAGUCCCACGGGGACAGGCAAGACGUUGUCUUUGCUCUGUCCCGCUCUAUCGUUUGCACGGCGCCACGAAAAGAGCCUGCUCGUACAGCAACUGAUGCCCAGUGGCUUGGAGGACUGUGAAGCCUGGGCUCAGGAACACCAUCGCCUCGCGGCGCAGCGCUCGGCCGACUUGACGUUGCAGCGUCGCCGACAAAGCCGGCAGCAGCGUCGGGACCGUGCACGGCGGGCAGUGGCGAUGGCGCCCGACGGCAAGCAGCGGGACAAGAUGCGCAGGCUCGCCGCGCCUUUGCAUGCCCAACCGCAGCUUCUUGAUGCUGCCUUUGACUCGGAGCUAUCUUUGGAGGCGCCUUUGCUGCUGCCUCAGCCAGAGCUUCCAACAACAAGGCCUUUGGCAACAUCAGACAGCAGCCGUCAGGAGGCUUACAAGAACAAGCUUCAAAUCAUCUUCUGCAGCCGGACUCAUUCUCAGCUUGCACAAGUCUUGAGAGAGAUCAAGCGAAUUCCGGAGCAUGCCGUCCCCGAAGAUCUUUCUGUCGUGACACUGGGCUCGCGGGCAUCGCUGUGCGUGAACGACCGAGUUCGAUCUUGUGCGAAAGGCUCAGCUCACUUGAAUGACCUGUGUCGGAUUGCCACUGAGAACGCCGGCGCUGGGAAGCAUGGUCUCAGCUGCGGCUUGAAAAAGCAGGCAGAGGUGCUAACGGACGCAUUCCUUUCCGAUGCGAUGGACAUCGAGGCGAUGGCGGAUCGUGGGCGCUGGCCCGUUGGUGGAGGCUGUCCUUACUACGGCAGCCGGGGCGCUGUGUCCGAGGCAGACGUGGUGCUGGUUCCCUAUGCUUCGCUGGUAAACUCUGAGAUGAGGAGCAAGCUGGGCAUUCGUGUAGAGGGCAAUGUGCUGAUCUUCGACGAGGCCCAUAACCUUCUGGAGGCCAUCAACGAAGCCAACUCCGUGUCCUUGACGAGCGCGCAGGUCAAAAGUUCGGUGGAUGAUCUCGCGCGCUAUGCGAAGAGUUACGAGUCCCGGCUUUCCCCGCUGAAUGCGCUUCGACUUCGUCAACUUCGCCUCUUUUGCGCGAAGAUGCAUCACUACCUGGGUGGUCUAGAAAGCCCCUGCGUUCAGACAGUAGGAGCCUUCCUUGUCUCCGCGGGUGCGGAUAACUUCGAUCUUCCGGAGCUGGCACAGUUCUUGGAAAAGACAGAGCUUCCGCGCAAGGUGCGAGGGUACACGGAGAGCCAAGCCAUCACAACUGGGAGCAAUGCGUCUUCCAUCUAUGCGGUGGCAGAGCUCUUGGUAGCCCUGCAGACGAGCACUGCUGAGGAUCGCCUCCUGUGUCAGAAGCCCGAAGGGAACUCAGGUGGAAUGACUUUGAAGUAUCUCAGCCUGGACGCCGAGGUCCGAUUUCGAGAGGUCCUCCUCGGUGCGCGUUCGGUGCUCUUCGCGGGUGGCACGCUCACGCCGCACGCAGAGUUCACGCCCCUGUUGCAAGGCAGAGGACUACCCCGAAUCUUCUCCGGCAUCCAUGUCGUACCGUCGGAGCAGCUGUUGGUCCGCUUCGUUACCCACGGCCCGGGCGGCCAGCAGCUUGACUUCAGGCGGGACCGCCGCGGCUCCAAUGACAUGCUGCGAGAACUGCGUGGUGUUCUCAACACCGCGGCAGCAUCCACACGGGGUGGUGUCGUUGUUUUCUUCCCAUCUUUCGAUUAUCUCGGCCAAGUGGCUUCGUCGUUCACACGAGGAUGCGGUGGCCGCCGGGUGUUCCAAGAGACCCGGGAAGGGUCGGCGAGGGAAGAGGCUGGAGGCAGCCUCCUCCAGCGUGUCACAGAGACGAUCCAGAAGGAGGGAGGCGCCGUGCUUUUCGCAGUGAGUGGCGGAAAGCUAAGCGAAGGAAUCAACUUCCAGGACGAUCUCUGCCGCCUCGUGCUAGUCGUAGGCCUUCCGUAUCCUAACGCCUCUGACUUGGCACUGACGGAAAAGAUGCGCUUUCUGGAUGCGGCCCGUGCGCGAGGCUCUCAAGGCCUCAGCGGACGAGAGUUUUACAGCGCCAAGUGCAUGAAAGCCGUGAACCAAUGUAUCGGCCGGAGCAUUCGUCAUGCAAGGGAUUGGGCGGCGAUGCUUCUGCUGGACCACCGCUACGCGCAAAAAGACAUUGCAGGCCAGCUCUCUCGGUGGAUUCGUCGAGCACUUGGCGAGUCGGCGGCACCAGGGCCCUUCCCAGAGGUCCAGGACCAACUUGGCAAGUUCUUCGCGGCCCGCCGUGAAGCCGAGGCAUCGUCUUCCGAAGCCUUGUCGCAGUGA